CCCGGCCCCUCUAUUCUGCCCACCCAGACACCCCACCUGAGAUCUCAAUUGUUGGUUUCGAACCAGUGGCACCUGGGACGCACCCAAGUUCUCCAACAGAGUUUGGCUUUAGCCCGAGCCCAGGAGGAGGGGAGAUCAGUCAACUGGAGCCUGGCCUGUCACCUGCUGCAUUAUGGGAAAUGCAAAUAAUAAAGGGCCAAUCCCACCCCCCUCCUCAAAGCCAACUCCAGAGGGGAUGGUGAAGCGACUCCAGGAGGACGUCACCUGCUCCAUCUGCCUGGACAUCUUGGAGGACCCCGUCUCCAUCGAGUGCGGCCAUAACUUCUGCCGGGGCUGCCUCUCGGCUCACUGGAGCGGGGUCUCAGCCUGGGGGUCCCAGUGCCCCGAGUGCCGGGCUCCCUGCUCCAGGGACAGGAUGACCCCAGACACACGGGUCAAAAACCUGGUGGAGAAAAUCAGAGACCUGCCAUGCGAAGAGACGCUGACAGCAACAGGGACAGCGCGCCCUGAGCAGGGGCCGGAGAUCCAGCCAGAGCAGGGGCGCCCGGUGCAGCUGGUGCGUCUGGACGAGGAAGGGGGCCUGACCCUGGAUGAGGAGGCCCUGAGCCGCUGCCUGGAGCAGGGUGGGGUGGGGGACGCCCCCGUCUGCCUGGUGUCCAUCAUCGGGGAGCAGCGCCGGGGCAAAUCCUUCCUGCUGAACUACCUGCUGCGCCGGCUCCAGAGCCUGGAAGUGAAGGACGGAUCCUGGAUGGGCCGGGAGGAGGAGCCCCUGGAGGGGUUCGAGUGGCGAGUUGGCGCCCGCAGCGUCACCAAGGGGGUGUGGGUGUGGAGUCAGCCCUUCUGGGUCCCCACCGAGUGGGGGAAGGUGGCCGUGCUGCUGGUCGACACCGAGGGCUCCAUGGACAUUGUCAGAGACACAGAGACCAGCGUCAAAGUCUCCGCCCUCUCCAUGCUGCUUGGCUCCUACCAGAUCCUAAAUGUUUCCAGCCAGAUAAAGGACCCUGAUCUAGCAUAUCUGGAGAUGUUUCUGCACGUGGCCGAAGAGGUGGGAAAGGAAUACGGGCUGGAGUCCAUUCAGCACCUAGACCUGCUGGUGCGGGAUUGGAGCAACUCCAUGGUCCUUGGAAGUGACGGUGGGAAGGAGCAUCUGAGAGACGUCCGACAGAUGCUGGCAGCGAGGUCCCCUUGCAAACACCCCAAGGCCCUGGAAGCGCUGAGCAGAAGCAGCAGCCGCUGUUACCUGAUGCCCUUCCCUGGCAAGCGGAUCAUGACUGGGAGCCAGGGAAGCCUGAGAGACAUGGAUGAGGAUUUCCGGGACAGCCUGAGGGAGUAUGUCACCACCCUGGUGGGCUUGGCCGGUCAACACGCGUGGAGAGACCGGCAUGGGGCGCUGCUGACUGGGACACAGCUCACUGCUCGGAUAACGAAAUUCUCUGAUCUGAUGAAGAAACAUCACUGUGGCUUCUCCUCUCCCGCUCAGAUGGCCGUCACCUUUCACAACCAGAGAGUCCUGGACAGGGCCAGCGCAGACCACGCUCUCUUUCUGAAGGAGAAGGACGGCGACUCCCAGAACCCAAUCACCUGCCUGAAGGUGCGGCCGAGCAAGAUGGCGAAGUUGUUGGCGGAGCGGCGCGGGCAGUUGCUGUGGCGGUGCUGGACGGACAUGCCAGAGCCAGCGCCGGAGACAGAGGCCCGGCUGACGGAGCUGGAGGAGGAGCUGACGCGGGAGGCUGAGACGUUCCUGGAGAUCUACGGGAAGCGCUUUAAGACAUUUGCCAUUUUGGCAGGCGUGGGUGCGGGGGUGGUGGUCCUGGGCCCGGUGGGCGGAGCUGUCGGUGCCGGGAUCGGUGCUGGGAUCGCCGCUGCUGCCGUCGCCGCCGAGGCGGCUGUGGCCAUUGGGGCUGGGACGGGCGCCGUGGCCGGUAUCAUCGUGGGUGGGGGCGUGGGCGGGGGCGUGGGUGGCAACAUCACUAGGAAGGAUAGGCAGAAGGUAGAGGCUGCUGGUGGUGGGAGGGAGGAGGGGGAUGGCACUGAGGAUCUAUCCGACGACAAACCCCUGAUCUGAUCGGUGUCUCCCCCUCCCCCCAAUCUGGGCUGACGAAUGGGGUGACGGGGCUGCAGCAUAGCCCAGAUACGUCCCCCAGAAGCCACCCCAGAGCGGGGAGCCAUCGCCCACAGAUUCUAAGAAGGGACAUUUAGAUCCUCUCGUCUGACCUGCUGUGCCACCCAGGCUGGAGAACACCGCCCACUUCCCCCUGCGUUGGGCCCGAUAUCUCCCCUUGGACUAAAUCAUCUCCCGGAAGGGCGGCCAGUCUGGCUCGGAAGCCGGAAGACAUGGAGACCCCACCGCUUUCCCACUGGUGAAUCACCCACGCUGUGAAAAAUCCGGUGCCUCAUUUCCGAUUGGAGUUUGUCUGACUUUAACUUCCAGCCCUCAAUCCUCGCUCUGCCUUCCUCUGACAUUGCAGGGCCACUCCAGCUGCAACGCAAAGCGCUUGGAAAUGACCGGCCGAUGGUCCUGUCCUGAGAUCGCCCUCUAGGGGUGACAACGGGCGCCUGGCUUACUUCCUACAUGAACAGUCCUGUGGUCCGCUCCUGGGGGAUAGAUCUCCAGCCGCCCCUCUGAGCGGGAAGGCGGGUCCAGGGGAGAGGGCACAGGAAGACCCUGUGGAUUCCCUGCUCUACCAGGGACUUCCUCUGUGACCUUGGCCAAGUCACUUAGUUUCUCCGUGCCUCAGUUUCCCAUCUGUAUAAUGAGGGUAAUAAUGCACUGAAAGAUGGUGAGGGGUUUGAGCUCUACUGAGAGAAAACACUAUCCAAGAAACCAGCAUCAUUCUUUAUUCCGGGGGAGGGCUAUAAAACCAUCCGAAGCUAAGGGGAAUCGGUUCCACACCCAUCAAUGCACGCCGAGCACUGGACACCAUCUGGCCAACUCCACAGGAAGUCUCAGCUCCGACCCUUCAGCGCUGGUGAAAGGGCAGGACUUGGGCUUGGGGAUUUCCAAUCAAUGGGGUCUCGGGCUAACGGGACUCUCCAGCUGAUCCACCCCAGCCUCCGCUGGCGCCUACGAUCCGAUAGACCGCUGUAGCAUGAGGUACGGGGUCAGCUCCAUCCUGGCCUGGGCUUGGUGAGUCGGGAGCACCCCUUCCCCUCACAGAUUCCAGGGCCUGGAUAACAAUGGCCAGUGAUGGAGAAUCUGUUCCAAUUGUUCUCACUGUUAAAAAUGUCUGCCUUACUUCCAGUCUGAGUUUAGUCUACACUUUUCUGUGCUAGACCGAAGGACCUAUUGUCAAAUAUUUGUUCCCCAGGUGGGUACGUAUGGACUGGGAUCUAGUCACCCCUUAACCUGCUCUUUGAGUCCUAUCUCCCUAAGAACUCCUUGGAAACCUGAUAUCAGGGCUGCGGGUUUUCAGAGGCUGCACCUCUCAGGACAGAGCAAGAGAAAGCAGAAGUCACUUGAGACUAUGGACUGCAAAGUGGUUCUGCUGGAAGGUGGCCAGUCAACGGGUCCUGGGUGCAGGACAGUCUCAAAGCAAUGGAGGCAUUUAAGCAAUUUCCUUUGUGCGCAACAGGAGGAAAGAUAUUUGGGGUACUGUGUUAAGGCGUCAAGGAGUGCGUGUGUGUGUGUGUGUGUGUGUGUGUCUGUAAAUGACCACCAUGGGGGAGUGCUAAAGAGUAAUCUCCCAGAUGCGAAGUUCUGAUUCAUUGAGCCCUGAAUGGCGAGUUCCUAGUUUUGGGACAAGUCUCCGCAGAAACUUCCAGCUCUAAUUCGGUUAGGGGAAGAUACAACUGCUGCUUAUCGGAAGUGCUUUGUUAAUGUGUAUUCCUGUGGUGGGGGGGACGACCCAAUAGGGGAAACAGAUUAGCCAUUAAACGAACAGGAGUACUUGUGGCACCUUAGAGACUAACAAAUUUAUUUGAGCAUAAGCUUUCGUGGGCUACAGCCCACUUCAUUGGAUGCAUAGAAUGGAACAUAGUGAGGAUAUAUAUAUAUAUAUUACACAGAGAACAUGAAAAGGUGGGAGUUGUCCUACCAACUCUAAGAGGCUAAUUAAUUAAUAUGAGCUAUUGUCAGCAGGAGAAAAUAACCUUUGUAGUGAUCAUCAAGAUAGCCCAUUUAAGACAGUUUGAGAAGAAGGUGUGAGGAUACUUAACAUGGGGAAAUAGAUUCAAGGAAAUGCAGUGAUGAAAACUGGAAAUAGGAUGCGAGCCGAAGCCUCACCAGCGCUGAGUAGAGUGGGACAGUUACCUCCCGUGUCUCACAUACGACCUUCCAGUUAAUACACCCCAGGUGACAUUUCUCUUUCUCACAACCCCAUCAAACUCUUGUCUUUGGUGAUUUGACUGCGUUGAUGACUUGAUUCUAAUAUUGCUGCUGCUAAUUUGAUUACUUGAUCUUAUUUUCACAUCAACUGGAGAAUGGCUGAGUCAGUUGGGUAGAGUUUGUGUUGGCUUGGUCUUAGCGAUCUGUUUUCUUGAUUUUGUAUUCAGGGUUGUUUUACUUGUAACAAAAUGGCUAGAAAGCACACUGGGUCUUUUUUUUUUUUUUUUUUUUCUUCUUUCAAUCAGCAACUUGGGCCAGAACCAUAGAGAAUCUUUGGCUGGUACCAGCCAAGCUGCUGAGGAAAGCCAUUAGCUUCCCCUAAACUAACUGUGGUUCUCAUAGGGGUCUGUCUGGUGCCUGGCAUGAGAGAACCCUGAUCCCAGCUGUAGAGGAAACCCUAACCCUUAACAGCGCCUCAUAACCUUAGCCCCCAACUGGGUAUGUGUCACUUAAAUCAAUUCCCUGCCUUUGCAGGGGCCGUGGUCAUGGUGCAGCUCAGCUCUCCUGUUCUCUGCCUGUGGCAUAUGACAGUCAGUCUCCUGAGGGCUGUAAUGUUUGGGUCUAAUUCUAGCUGUUGGCUUGGUGUGGGGGUG